ACAUUCACAGCCAGAGUACAAAGUCGACACGUUGAUUUCAACCAGACACUCUCGCAACAAGUCCACGAACUAGUCACUAGUCUGUACUGACGGUUGCUGCUGCAUAUCUACUCUACGUGUGUGUGAGUGGUUAUAUUCGGCGUUCGAGAUUUUACUUUGCUUUACGUUUUAAUUUAUUAUAAUUCAGUAUUUAUUCAACUUCAUUCGAUAUGGCGUCGUAUUUAGCGAAAAGCCUCGUGAAAACACCUUCGUUUUUGCAAUUAGCUCUACAACAAACUGGCGUUAGGUGUUUGUCUACCACGGGUACACGAGAUGCCAAAAAGACCGUUCCGGACAAAACUGGGAAGAAUAUUGUUCUUGUUGAUGGUGUUCGCACACCUUUUCUUACUUCUGGGUCUGAUUAUUCCAGUUUGAUGCCACAUGAUCUUGCAAGACAAGCUUUAUUAGGCAUUGCAAGAAAAACUGGUCUUCCAAAAGAGUUGAUUGAUUACAUUAUCUAUGGCACAGUAAUCCAGGAAGUGAAAACAUCGAACAUUGCACGUGAAGCUGCUCUGGCUGCCGGCUACAGUGAUAAAAUUCCAGCGCACACCGUGACUUUGGCCUGUAUUUCAUCGAAUGUAGCCAUGACUACCGCAAUCGGAUACAUUGCUUCCGGUGCCUAUGAUGUAAUCCUGGCCGGUGGUGUGGAAUUCAUGUCUGAUGUACCUAUCAGACAUAACAGGAAGAUGAGAAGUCUGAUGCUCAAAGCAAACAAAGCCAAAACACCAAUGCAACAGUUGCAAUUGUUAGCAAAGCUUAGACCAGAUUAUUUUGUCCCAGAAUUACCAGCUGUGGCCGAAUUCUCUUCUGGUGAGACAAUGGGUCAUUCCGCUGAUCGUCUAGCUGCUGCUUUCAAUGCUACACGUCGUGAACAAGACGACUAUGCACUUAGGUCACACACUUUGGCACAACAAGCAGCCGAUAAGGGAUAUUUCACCGAUUUAAUUCCAUUCAGGAUUCCUGGCAUCGAUAAAACCGUUGAAAAAGACAACGGCAUUCGUGUGUCAACUCCCGAACAACUAGGCAAAUUGAAACCAGCGUUCAUUAAGCCGCAUGGUACUGUAACCGCCGCGAAUGCUUCAUUUUUGACUGACGGUGCAUCCGCUUGUCUGAUCACCACCGAGGCUAAAGCUAAACAACUUGGACUUAAACCCAAAGCAUAUCUAAGAGAUUUUGUGUACGUCGCACAGGAUCCUUUCGAUCAAUUACUGCUUGGUCCUGCGUAUGGUACACCACUUGUUUUGCAGAAAGCUGGUUUGGAUUUAAAGGAUAUUGAUGUAUUUGAAUUCCACGAGGCUUUCGCUGGUCAAAUUAUUGCUAACAUGAAAGCAAUGGACAGCGACUGGUUCGCGCAGAAAUACAUGAACAGACAGACGAAAGUCGGCGCUCCUGAUAUCAACAAAUUCAACAACUGGGGCGGUUCGUUGUCCAUUGGUCAUCCAUUCGCUGCUACCGGCGUGCGUCUUGCUAUGCACACCGCUAAUCGAUUAGUAAGAGAAGAUGGACAGUUUGGACUUGUUGCUGCGUGUGCAGCAGGUGGACAGGGUGUUGCGAUGAUUCUUGAGAGACACCCUGAAGCCGAUGCGAAAUAAUUCACACCACUACGCCUAAAAUUCGCAUGAAUCACAACAACAUGGACAAGUUAAUAAUUUUAUGUACUUUUUUGUGGAGAAUGUCUAAAGUUUUUAUAGCGAUCGUGUAAAUAUCCGCGCUGGAAACAACUACAAUCUAAAUAUUAAGUUUACUUGUUAGUAAGAUAAAAGAUAACGAUUUUCUAUUAAUACUACAACUAUGAACAAGAUAUGUAAUGAAAUAUUUUAUUCACUUUUUAAAAAUACAAUUUUUUAUCGAC